AUGUCCCAAAAGUCUUAUACAGGCACCUGCCUUUGCAAUGCCGUGACCUACCGGAUCGAUCUCCCCGACUCCACAACUCCCAAGGUUAUUCUCUGCCAUUGCAUCAAUUGCAAACGCUACACUGGCUCUGGCUUCUCCGCCAACAUUGCCGUACCGAAGACAAGCCUGCACUGGACCAAGGGCCAGCCGAAACUUUACGUCGACAAGAGCGAACGCGGCACUGGUGUUCCUCGGAUGUUCUGCGGGGACUGCGGGACGCCUUUCACGUCCGAGCCGAGUGGUCAGGAUGAAGUUAUUAUUAUCAAAACGGGGACACUAGAUGAUCCGUACCGGGAUGAAUGUGGGGAGCUGGCGAUGGAGAUCUGGUGUGUUCGCAAGGAUAAGUGGGUUGACCAGAUGAAGGAUGAGAGCAUCACGCGACUGGACAAAUCUAUGGGCUAG